ACUUGGUUUAAAAAACUAAAAGUAAUUUUAAUUUCAAGUUAAGCAUAAUCUGAAAAGCUAUUUUCCAAUUUAAUUUGUAAAUCGGGGCAGGGGCUUUCUAGACAUUCCGUCACGCAGUUUUGAUGUUCUCAUAGAUACGUCAUCAUCAUGGUUUAAAUUAGGUGAAGUCUGACAGUAUCAGCAAAGACGUGUUCAAAACUCAUUCUUUACCUCAAAUCUCUUUACUUGUUGAAGCUCCUAGGAUAAUAUUCAUUUAAUCUGCAAAUAGCAUGGUGUUAUAAAGUAAAAAAAAGUCAAAAAUGUGUCUUUCAAUGAUCACUAACAAGAAGCAGUGAGGCGAAUUGUGCCUGUUAAUUUCUCAGUUGAAUUGCCGUCCUGUAUACAUGUAUAUGUGUGUGAGGAUGGGGGUGUAUACGUCUACACAUUCAUGGAAACACCCACACACAUAUAUGAUAGAGAGUACAUCCAGGUUUGGUAAAUAAGGCUUUCUGUAAUAACGGGGGCAGUAAUAUGCCAGAAACAGUGAUUUUUACAUGACUCCAACGGCGUUUUUUUUUUCUUUUGACACUGUUAACAGUUAGAUACUAUGUAUAUAUUUAAAGCUAGACGUUUUAAAAAGCAAGAACAAAAUUUUGUCUAAGUGUUCAACUCAAACCAGAAAUUACCUUUGCUGCUUGCUGGUCAGACAGAUGUUUGUUGGGAAAAUAUGUGACAUUUAAUCAGUAAAUCAGCUAAUUGACUUACUAAAAAUCUCAGCCCAAGUUUACCUUUCUUGACUCCAGUAGCAUAUUCUGUUCCUGUAAACUAUUGUCAGAGCUGUCAAAAACAAGGGGAGAGUUUAGCCUGCCAUAGGUCCUGGCACUUUUCUUUUAGAAGCUGCACCUAGCAUCACAUCCCUCGUUAAAUAUCAUUUUUGGGGGGCUGUAAAAUUUUUUGAAGAGUUUUUUUUUUUUCAUAUUCUGGAGUACGUUUGAUACUUUCUUUGUGGUUUAAACUUACAUUUGUAAAUAACUCAUCAGAAUUGAGUUCAGCUAUUGUUGGUUGGCUGUUCUUAGUUUUUUCAGGCUUCUUUGUGUAAUUUGUCAAUAAUAUAUAUAUAUAUAUAUUUUAAGUUUGAAACAUUGUCAUUGGCCUUUGAUAUUCUUAUAUCUAGAGCACCAGAUGGAUCACCAGCCCCCACCAUAGAUAUUUCUGCAGGCACUUUCUCUCUCCCAAAAGACAUGGCAUAUGAUUUUUUGACCUUUGCUAAUUUGGCCAGAACAGUGACUUGGUCAUCAAACUUGAUAUAAAUAAAGCGUAGGUACAGGUUGAUGAUCUGUUAUUCACAACCCUUGGGCCAGACAUGUUUCAGGAUUCAGGACUCUGGAGGAUACUAGAAUGAUGCUGCCAAAGAAGCUUCUUUCCAACUUGGGGGAAAACUUGGUUUUCAGAAUUGGGGGAAUUUUACAAUUGUAGAUAAGAGGUUGUGGAAUUAUUGUACCUUUAAAAAAAAAAAAAAAUGAGGUCUAAGUGUUUUGCCUAAAAUCAGUUGUCCUUGUUUUUCUAAAUUCAAAGGUCUGACCUUGAUUUGAUGGCCACGCCUCUGCCUGACUCAUCUUCCUGACUCCUUUUUUCUAUCCUUCCCAUGUCAACAGUUUUUUUCUUGCCUUUUGUCCAUUCUUGUCCGGUCCUCCACCUUGCCUUGUUCAGUGUUGGUGCUUGUCUCCUCAAGCCUGGGCGCACCCUUCCCCUGAGUGGUUAUAUAUCACAGGUGCCUGCUGGCUUUCCCAAGUUGGGACACACAGUCCUCAGCAGGUGCUCUGCCACCUGACCUGUCAUCUUCAGCUCAGCUCUCCUGCUCCUAAUGGGUUCAAAGGAAGCUUCUUUCUGACACUACAAAGAGAUGUUCAUUGACUGCAGUUCAUCUCUUGGCCAGAGCUGAGUGUUCUAGAGAAUAUGCAUUUUAAUUCAAUUGUAUUAUAAUAUUUUUGAUGUCUCAGGAAAUUUCUUAUACUACGUUUUUUCCAGUUACCUUUGUUUUACUUAAAAUAUUGUUAGGCUCUUGCCUAUAUUUUGGUUCAAAUUCAAAAUUCCUUCUGAAUUUUCUAUUUUUUUGAUAAAUGCUACAGGAGAAGAUAUUCCUUCCUUUGAUUCUGGAACUUAAAUAGGGAGAAUAAAGCUUGUCUCAUGGGCACUAGAGAUGAUAACCAGUCAGGCAAGCUUUAAAAAAAAUAAUAAACCAAUCUUCUCAAAUACUUGUUAGAAUUAAGGGUAAAACUUGCAAAAAAAUUAAAAAUAAUAAUUGAUUUUUAUCUUGAAAUCUUGGACCUUGGACAACCGUAUUCCAUCUGAACCCAUUUUAUUAUUGAAAUCUAUGGUUUUAGACGUUGUCAUGAAAUUGUUAUUCAGAGAGCCAGAGAACUAGAGAUAUAAAUCACAUUCUGAGAAAAAGUCAAAGGGGGAAUGAAAAAAGUCCUUGAACGUUUUCCAUACACCUCAUCAGGAACAAGUAAACAUAUUUGUAGAGUAAACUAUCUUCAAAAUGUGCCUGCAGCCCUGUGACACAGGCAGCCUGCCAAAGAACUAAAAAUAGACUGCCUUAGAAGCAAAGGAUUGAUUCCUACUUCAGCAUUCAUUUAUUUGGAGAGCUUAGAUGCAUAUUUCCUGAAAGGAAUGGAAAAACUCCCUAGCUGCCAAAUAACUUUUAUCCCCAAUUUCUCACAAUUAGCUCCUAUUUGCAAAACAAGAAUGAUAAGAGCAAGAGACUGUGUUGGGAAUCGGAAUAGAAACACAGCAGAGGCCACCGUGGCAGAGUUUCUGGAAAAGGGUUUUGUGUGAAAACCCUUCCAGGUCCUUUGAAGCAAGUGCUGGGAAACAGAGUGACUGGAAAGGUGAUUUCCUUGAGAGUGGCUUUGUGUCCAGUUGGGAAACUGAGCUGACUUCCACAUUUAAGGCGAUCCAAUUCAUUCAUUUCAUGGUAUUUACAGAGAUAGGGGGAUAGAGUCAAGCACCCCCCACGAGUCAGUCUACAGGAGGAUGGGCAGCAUGGAAAAACCAGUCGUUCUUAAAACCAGAACGGGGAGCAUUCUCAAAGUGGCUCCUCAAAUAGGGAGAAAGAACUGGAAAGCAGUGGCAGAAGCCCAAGACCACCCACCCUUCCCUCUUCCUCGGUGGAUCGGAAGAUGGCCUGCAGGCUUGCCUUGGCUUCGGAAGGCUGGGGUGGGAGUUGGGGGCAUCAGAGGAUGCUGCAUUGAUAGGGGACUAGGAGAGGUGGCCAAGUGCCAGCACAUAGGACAGGGGACUGGGAGUGAGACCUGCAGUCAAGGCCGAGUGGACAAGACUGGCCUCCUCCAGGCCGCUGGGGAGCCAGCUCUCCACCCCUCUCGCUUCUCCCCACCCCCCACAGCACCAGAGGAGCUGGCACCUCAAGAAGGAAGUGGGGACCUGUGCGAGAACACGCUGCCCUUCCUCGGGCAGAGAGAGGGCCACCCCCUGCCCUGAGAGUGGGCAGAGGAGCGGAGGUGACAGUUUUAAAGUGGACUGACCAGUAGACUGGUGGUUUUGAAACCUUCCUUGAAGUAAGCUUUAAACACAGAUAAGUGCACAAACCCCAAAGCGGACAGCUGGGUGAGUUUUCACCAUCGAGUACCAGCUCCCAAGAGCAAGAGACUGGCGGUUAUCUGCAUGGCCCUCACCCCGCCCACCUCCAGUCAGUCCCUGCCCCUCCUCAUGGUACUUUUGACUCCUGACACCCGAGAUUGCUGGGCCGAUCGUUCUCCACUUCAUGAAGCGGCAGCUCAGGGGCGCCUACUGGCCCUGAAAACUUUAAUUGCACAAGGCGUCAAUGUGAACCUGGUAACAAUUAACCGGGUCUCUUCUCUCCAUGAGGCGUGCCUUGGAGGCCACGUGGCCUGUGCUAAGGCCCUAUUGGAGAACGGAGCCCACGUCAAUGGGGUGACAGUUCAUGGGGCCACACCCCUCUUCAAUGCUUGCUGCAGUGGCAGUGCUGCGUGUGUCAACGUGCUGCUGGAGUUUGGAGCCAAGGCCCAGCUUGAGGUGCACCUGGCUUCACCCAUCCAUGAGGCAGUGAAGAGAGGUAAUAGAGAGUGCAUGGAGAUUCUUCUGGCAAAUAAUGUUAACAUUGACCAAGAAGUGCCUCACCUCGGAACUCCCCUGUAUGUGGCUUGCACCUACCAGCGGCUAGACUGUGUGAAGAAGCUUCUAGAAUUAGGAGCCAAUGUUGACCACGGCCAGUGGCUGGACACGCCCCUCCAUGCCGCCGCGAAGCAGAACAGUGUGGAAAUCAUCCACCUGCUGAUAGACUAUGGGGCUAACCUCAAGUGCAAAAACGCUCAGGGCAAAAGUGCACUUGAUCUGGCAGCUCCAAAAAGCAGCGUGGAGCAGGCGCUCCUGCUCCGGGAAGGCCCGCCUGCUCUUUCCCAGCUGUGCCGCCUGUGUGUCCGGAAGUGCUUGGGUCGCACCUGUCAUCAGACCAUCCACAAACUAUACCUGCCAGAGCCACUGGAAAAAUUCCUCCUAUACCAGUAGUCCCAACCCUCCAUAGGAAGAUACUGGGAAAUAAACAGGUUGUUGCCUACUGUACCCAGGAUACCUAGUGUAGACAUUCAGCAGCUAGACUCCUAGUAUCUUCAAGUGAGCUCAGCUAGUCAGAGCACUUCCCUCAUGAGCUGGGGCAUGUGGGAAUGGAAACUCCUGGUUAGCUUCCUGUUCUCUUUCACCAAGGGGCAAUCAGAAAUCUUUUUGUUUUUAGCUCUUGUUGUUAAGAAACUUUAAAAAAUUGUGAAGUAGAGUGAAAAUAGUAGGCUGUUUUUCAAGAUUCAUGGUCUUCGAUUAUCUAAGGGUCAGCAUUCAGAAUAGUGUGUAGACACAUGUGAAUCCGGGUGGAUAAGAUUAGGAUGAAUAUAUAUAUUCCAAGGUGGGUUCCUGAUUUAGUUCUUCCCUCCUUCCCCCUUUCUUUCCUUCCUUCCAUGAAUAAAUCUCUGCUAAAAUUUUA